AAAAAACUGUCAUCACUAACCCACCUUGCGAUAUGGAUGUUACUGUUGGAGAAAGUAUAGUUCUGCCCUGUCAAGUAUCCAGGGAUCCAUCCAUUGAGGUUGUCUUUUCAUGGUCAUUCAAUGGAUAUCUUAUUGAUUUUAAAAGAAGAAAGGCUCAUUUUGAAAGAGCUGGAGGUGAAUCUGUAGGGGAUCUGAUGAUAAGAAAUAUUCAGCUAAAACAUUCUGGAAAAUACACAUGCACCGUCCAAACUUCGAUGGACAUUCUAUCAGAAUCAGCAGAAAUAAUUGUAAGGGGCAUUCCUGGCCCACCGAAGGAGGUUAGUACUGAGCAUGUUUCUAGUACCACUGCAGUGUUGAACUGGAAAUCAGGAGCAGAUAAUAACAGUCCUGUCCACACAUACACAGUUCAGACAAGGACCCCUUUUUCCAUUGGAUGGCAAGCAGUUUCAACAGUUCCUGAAGUUAUUAACGGGAAGACCCACACAGCUACAGUGGUUGAUCUAAACCCCUGGGUUGAAUAUGAGUUUCGAGUUGUUGCUGCCAACAGUGUUGGAAUUGGGGAACCGAGCACACCAUCUGAGCUACUAAGAACCAAAGCAUCGAUUCCUACAGUGGCACCCACAAAUGUGAGUGGAGGUGGAGGAAGCCGAUCUGAACUUGUCAUCACAUGGGAGUCAAUUCCUGAAGAACUACAAAAUGGGGAAGGAUUUGGAUACCUGAUUAUGUUUCGGCCGGUUGGCUCCUUGAGCUGGACUAAAGCAGUGGUGACUUCAGUGGAAGCAUCCAAAUAUGUCUACAGAAAUGAAAGCAUCCCGCCACUAUUUCCCUUUGAAGUAAAAGUAGGUGUCUUUAAUCAUGAAGGAAUAGGCACCCUGAGCCCAGUAUCCCUUGUGUACUCUGGAGAGGAUGAGCCCCAGAUAGCACCAACUGGCAUUUCAAUACAAAGCUUCUCGUCUUCUGAAGUGGAAGUCUCUUGGAACCCUCUUGCAUGGAGCAGACAUACUGGAAGGAUUCUUGGCUAUGAGGUGGUGUCAUUGAAAACCUAUUAG